CAUCAAGGUGCAAAAAGACGUUGCCAGUGGUUCAGCAGCAUCAAAGAAAAGAAAAUAUAUUUUCGCUGAUAUUAUGCAGUUUCUCCUACUAGAACUAAAGGAUCGAAGCACCGACACUAACAUUUCAGAAACGGACAUAGGCACACAUGAUAUCAAUGAUUCGGAAAAUAUUAGUAAAGAGGAUGAGGCGAGUGGUGAGGUUGUAAAUGUCACGUCCUAAACAAACUUUUGAACAGCAACUCAUAGGAUUGUUGGAGCGUAAUCAAGCACCAAGUACCCCACAAGAAGAAGAUGAAGAUUUGGCUUUUUUUUAAAUCUCUUUUACCAGCUGUUAGAAAAUUUACUGACUAUCAGAAAACUGAAUUCCGUUUAGAAGUUCUUAACUCCAUGCGAAAAAUUCAAUCAAUAAGUUUACCUGUACCCCAAAAUAUUCACUCAAUCCUUCAAUUAUUGCUUCUUGGGUUUCCCAAUCGUUGAAUCUACCACGCUACACAAAUCAAGUACCAAUUCAGCCACCACAGCCCUCACCUGCUACAUCCGUGUCAGCUUUAUCUCCUACUGAAUCAUAGAUGUCUCAAUAUAGUGACCUCCUAGAUAUAUAACAACCUUCAUGCACUUUUUUUAAAUACCUUUUUUUGAAAUAAUAAAAAAUAAAUGUUUAUUACCGUAAAGUUAUUGCAAGUCUUUCUUCUACACUUAUAGGGUCACAGAACUUUGUUUUUGAUUUUUGCAGGCUAACUCUUAGCAAUUCAUUUAAUUCAUCGAACGACUUCAUCGACAUUCUAUAGUAAUUGAAAAAUUUUUCUGGGUACUUCCUUAGUUCUCCAUAUAGACAAUGAAAUUGCCCUAAAGUUAAUCGCAUCAUAUUUAAUGGAUAAACCGAGUACCUUCGGGGCUUUUUCUUUUUUUUUUUAAUGCGUAUGCAAUACACACUAACUCGACAGCAGUCAGCUUGUACGCCAUUCUGAAAAAUACUGAGAACAAAAUGUUCUCAGUAUUUUGGCAGCGUCUUUGCCGCUACAUCGCCGCCAGUUGGCAGUUGCAGUUAGUUGAGUUGCAAUCGAGACGCCGGAUAAAUUGCACACGACAGCGAGCCAUCGUUAUAUCUAAAAAAUAAAUAAACAAUCAGUAUUCCUCUUAUUAUUUUUAUAUAGAUUCUUUAUUAAAUAAUCAAAAAAGAAAUUCGUGAAUAAAAAAAAAAACAACACGGCGGAACCUAGCGUCCCUUCGCCCCCCAUCGUCAGUGGAGGGCAAACUCAUCGCCGAUCAAUCGGAGAUAAGGCGGAGAAAAGUGAAAGAGAGCAAAUGGACACGUCAGACGGAUACACCACCGACCGGUCCUGCAAGAGUGAGGAGAUAAGAACCAAAAAGAAGACCGAGCGGGGUAAGACUUUGGAUGGCCAAUCCUCGUCCUCAAAAUUCAAAAAACCCUCGUCAACCUCAUCCCGUACUUUAAAUAAACCUUUCAUUACUCCUGAUACUAACCCGGUAAAGGGGGCGAGCCACAGCGCCGGCCCAACCCCACUCCAGGGUGAAAAACUUUUGCUCGUCCAGAAGAAACUAAAAACCCUUGAAUUGGAAUCUCAGGAGAAGGACUUGCUGCUGGAAAAACGCAACAGCGAAAACAUUACACUAAAAUUAGAAAAUGAACAGUUGAAAGAAAAACUAAAAAAUUUUGAAGAACAGUUAAUUGUGAUCCAGAGGCAGGUCUUUCUCCUGAGUGAAAAACUUGAACUAGCACAAAAUGAAAAACAAAAUCUUAUUAUAAAUAACCAAAACCUAUCUGCUCAUCUGAGGCAGAUGGAGUCGGAUAAACAAAAAUUAUUGAACUUAGAACACUCCCGCAAAAGGCCGAGAGAAGAGGCAAGCACCUCAUCGCCCGACAAGGACGAUGAGAUGCAGGUCUCGGAUAAUGAAAAAAUAAACACAAAAGAAACACAAAACCUUGACUCGGCCACUCCAGCUUCCUCAGAUGAGGAGGAGGAGGGGUUUGUGACGGUGGACAAAAAAGGUAAAAGGAAAGCAAAUAUAAAUGAAAAAAACAUGAAUGUAAAUAAAGAAAAGAACCCUCUAUUUAUGCCACACAACGACCUCUCCCUGGCGGGGAAGAGCGCCCAACCCAACAUACAAAAAGUCCCAAAAGUAGUUAUUAGAGAUACGUCAAACUGGGCAGCUAAAUAUAAGAUGAUUGCGGAAAACAAAAUUAAUUUAUUAAAGACACAAAAAGAUAGGUUGGGUUUAGCGCUCUUCCCAAAGACGCCCCAGGACCACAGGGCUUUAACAGGUCUCCUCCGGGAAAGGGGAGUGGAAUUCCACUCCUUUUUCCUAGAGGAAGACAGAAAACUAAAUGUUAUCUUACGUGGAUUAGACAGAAAUUUUAACCUCAAAGAAGUAGAAGAGGAGCUGAGGUCGAUGGGGUUCGAGCCCGAAGAACUGGGCUGGUUUAAUACCGGCCCAGGUCAAAAAAGGCCCACGGACAUCAUUAGAUUUUUAGUACCCAAAGAACAGGAUAACAUCUUUAAAAUAGAGAAUAUAUUAAAAAUAAAAGUGCGCGUGGAACGUUUGAAAACUUACAAAAUAGAUAAUAUCAGACAGAUUGGACAAUGCCAUAGGUGUCAAGAGUGUGAAGCGCCGCCGCUGCGUCCACGCCGCGCGACUUUGCCGCAAGUAUGUCGCCCGCCUAACCGGACUGAUAAGCGCAACGACGACGCGAUAGCCGCCCAGGACGCAGAUUCUGUGUACUGUCGCUUUCGACAUAUGGAAUUCUAG